GAGGAGCUGCGCAGCGACGCGCCUUGGAUCGGCUGAAAUAUCCAAGAUCAUCCGCGGCGAUGAGGUUUCCAUCGCUUGUCUUGCUCGUGUUGUGCGGCAUUUUGGCGCAGGGGCAACGCGACGACAACGGCGGCCACAGGUGCUUCCCAGCGAUCUUCGGCUUUGGCGACGAUUGGGGCGAUGUCGGGAACCUCCAGGCGCUGUAUCCGGCGGAUCUUGAGAAGCUGGAGGACGAGGCGCCCUACGGGAUGUCCUACUUCAAGAAGCCCGCGCGGCGGCUCUCGGAUGGGCGCUUGAUGCUGGAUUUCGUCGCUCAGGCGCUGGGAAUGCCCCUUCUUUCGUCCUACGCUGUGGGGGUUGUUUCGAAUUUGCAGCACGGCAUCAGCUUUGCCGUUGCCGGGAGCACUGCGAGCUCGAUUGGUUUGCAGCAGAACCCGUAUCAUCUCAUGAUUCAGAUCCAGUGGCUCCAGAAGCUCGAGUCGGACGUGAGAGAUGCUCUUGGGAAUCAAUCUCUUGCUAAGACCACCGAGACUUUGCCUAACGAGCAGUCGUUCCAGGAGGGUCUCUACAUGAUUUCUACCGGGCAGAACGACUACAGAUACGCAUUCUUCCGCGAUAACAGAACGGUUCGUGAAGUGGAGCGCACUGUAAUCCCCUACGUCGUGGAGAACAUCACAGCCACUGUUUUGUUCCUCUCGACGACUUUCAGAGCGGCCAACUUCAUGGUCUUCAAUCUUCCACCUCUGGGAUGCUCGCCCGAGUUCCUGACCAGCUUUGCCAGCACGGAUCCCAAUGACUACGACACCAUGGGCUGCCUCAUCGACUACAACCGGAUCACAGUUCUUCACAACGAGCGUCUCAGGGUCACCUUAGACGUGCUGCGAGCCAGCUUUCGGGACUCCGUCCGGAGGCUCAUCUACGUCGACAUGGCCGCCAUGGUGACUGGCGUCGUAUACGAUCCUGAAUCCAGAGGCUUUCAGAACGGACUAGAAGCUUGUUGUGGGACUGGAAAGCCAUACAACUACGAUCCGCGAGUUCCCUGUGGAACGCAGCGAGUGAUCCGCGGCAGGAACUUGACCGCUCGUGCCUGUUCUAAUCCGAAGCACUACGUGAGCUGGGACGGCAUCCAUACCACCGAGGCGUUCAACAAGGCCGCAAUCCACUCGGUUCUUUCCGGACACUACAUCGAGCCUCAAACGCAGCUUGGGUGCCGCUUCAACUUUAGCGAGUUUUGAAGCGUUACGUGAUUACCUUUUUCUAGAGUUUGCGCUGUUCGUGAAUAAGGAAGGAUAAUUUUCAUGACAAAAUAAUUGUAACAAUGAGCUUUUACAAACAAAUCCACACUGCA